CUGUCAGGCGAGACAUCCUGCAGGACAGCCGGACCUUCCCUGAAGCCCGCCGUCGUGUUGCUUCACGCCCCGUUGUCUUCUUCCAUCCCCCCUCCCAAAAAACAAAGGAGCCGCUGACAACGUUAAAAAUAAAAUUAAAACAAAAACAAAAACAAGCGAACCAUGACCGCGCCGCUGACGGACAGCGAGAAGAGGAAACAGAUCAGCGUGAGAGGCAUCGCAGAGGUCGGGGAUGUCUCGGAGAUCAAGAAGAGCUUCAACAGGCACCUCCACUUCACCCUCGUCAAGGACCGCAAUGUGGCGACCCCCCGGGACUACUACUUCGCCCUGGCUCACACAGUGAGGGACCACCUGGUGGGGCGGUGGAUUCGCACGCAGCAGUAUUAUUACGAGAAAGACCCCAAGAGAAUCCACUACCUGUCUCUGGAAUUCUACAUGGGCCGGACGCUGCAGAACACCAUGAUAAACCUGGGCCUGCAGGGUGCCUGUGAUGAAGCCAUCUACCAGCUGGGCCUGGACCUGGAGGAGCUGGAGGAAAUCGAAGAGGACGCUGGGCUGGGCAAUGGAGGACUGGGCCGGCUGGCAGCUUGCUUCUUGGACUCCAUGGCAACGUUGGGCCUAGCAGCCUACGGUUAUGGAAUCCGAUACGAGUUUGGUAUUUUCAACCAGAAGGUCGCAAAUGGAUGGCAAGUGGAGGAGGCAGAUGACUGGCUGCGCUAUGGCAACCCCUGGGAGAAGGCCCGCCCAGAGUACAUGCUCCCAGUACACUUCUACGGGAGAGUUGAGCACACCGCUGAAGGAGCAAAGUGGGUGAACACUCAAAUAGUGCUUGCAAUGCCCUAUGACACGCCAGUUCCUGGGUACAAGAACAACACUGUCAAUACUAUGAGGCUCUGGUCUGCCAAGGCGCCCAACGAUUUCAACCUCCAGGAGUUCAACGUGGGUGACUAUAUCCAGGCUGUGCUGGAUAGGAACCUGGCUGAAAAUAUUUCUCGCGUCCUGUACCCCAAUGACAACUUUUUUGAAGGGAAGGAGCUCCGGCUGAAGCAGGAGUACUUUGUGGUCGCCGCCACACUCCAGGACAUCAUCCGCCGCUUCAAGUCUUCCAAGUUCGGCUGCCGAGACCCUGUCAGAACGAGUUUCGAGACCUUUCCAGAAAAGGUUGCUAUCCAGCUUAAUGACACCCACCCUGCCCUGGCCAUUCCGGAGCUCAUGAGGAUCUUCGUGGACGUCGAGAAGCUGGAAUGGGAGAAGGCGUGGGAUGUGACGGUGCAGACCUGUGCCUACACCAACCACACGGUGCUGCCCGAGGCCCUGGAGCGCUGGCCCGUCUACAUGUUCGAGAAGCUGCUGCCCAGACACCUGGAGAUCGUCUACGAGAUCAACCGCCGGCACCUGGAUAGGAUCUCCGCCAUCUACCCGGGCGACAUGGACCGGCUGAGGCGCAUGUCUCUGAUCGAGGAGGGAGACCCCAAGAGGAUCAACAUGGCCCACCUGUGUGUCGUGGGCUCCCACGCGGUCAACGGCGUGGCCAGGAUUCACUCCGACAUCGUCAAGAGCACUGUUUUUAAGGAUUUCUGCGACGUGGAGCCCGAGAAGUUCCAGAACAAGACCAACGGGAUCACUCCCCGGCGCUGGCUGCUGCUCUGCAACCCGGGGCUAGCCGACAUCAUCGCCGAGAAAAUCGGAGAAGACUUCCUCACAGACCUGUACCAGCUGAGGAAGCUGCUGGACUUCACAGAUGACGAAGGCUUCAUUCGAGAUGUGGCCAAAGUGAAACAGGAGAAUAAGCUGAAAUUCGCUGCUUACUUAGAGAAGGAGUACAAAGUCAAAAUCAACCCAGACUCGAUUUUUGACAUCCAUGUGAAAAGAAUCCAUGAAUACAAGAGGCAGCUGCUCAACUGUUUGCACAUCAUCACUUUCUACAACCGUAUUAAAAAGGAUCCUAACAAGCACUUUGUUCCAAGAACUAUAAUGAUUGGAGGAAAGGCAGCUCCCGGCUACCACAUGGCCAAGAUGAUCAUCAAGCUGAUCACCUCGGUGGGCGAUGUCGUCAAUAACGACCCUGUGGUGGGAGACAGGCUCAAGGUCAUCUUCCUGGAGAACUACAGGGUGUCCCUGGCGGAGAAAGUGAUCCCCGCGGCCGACCUCUCGGAGCAGAUCUCCACGGCGGGCACCGAGGCCUCGGGCACGGGCAACAUGAAGUUCAUGCUGAACGGCGCCCUGACCAUCGGCACCAUGGACGGCGCCAACGUGGAGAUGGCGGAGGAGGCGGGCGAGGAGAACCUCUUCAUCUUCGGCAUGAGAGUGCAGGAGGUGGAGGCCAUGGACAAGAAGGGCUACAACGCCAAGGACUACUAUGACCGCAUCCCAGAGCUCCGGCAGGUCAUAGAUCAGAUCAGCGGUGGCUUCUUCUCCCCCAAACAGCCAGACCUGUUCAAGGAUGUCGUCAACAUGUUGCUGUACCACGACAGAUUCAAAGUGUUUGCCGACUAUGAGGCGUACAUCAGCUGUCAGGAAAAGGUCAGCGACCUCUACAAGAAUCCAAAGGAGUGGACAAAAAAAGUGAUCAGGAACAUGGCCGCCUCCGGCAAGUUCUCCAGCGAUCGCACCAUCAGCGAGUACGCCCGGGAGAUCUGGGGCGUGGAGCCCUCCGAUGUCAAGAUCCCCCCCCCCACCGUACCCCGCGAGUGAAGGCUCCCAGGAGGCAGGGCUCCUGUCCGCCGGCCUCUCCCUGGCUUGGUUUAAUGAUGCGCCCAGCCUUCGGCGAGACAGGGAACGGGCCGGUAGGUACC